GCUGAGUUUAGUUUCUUCUGAAGCGGGCCAUUUCGCCCCCCUACGCCGUCCUCCUGAGUAAGGAGGCAGUCGCGAAGCAUCAGCUGAGCCCAGAUGAGCCCGGGCUGCGGAGCCGCUUAGCAGUCUCCCGGGACCCAGCUCCGGAGCAGCCGCAAGCAUGCAUGCUGGGUUGUGGCUGCUCCUGGUUGCGUUGUGCCUGACUGAGGAACUGGCACUAGCGGGAGAGAAGAAUUCCUAUGGAAAGCUAUGCGGGGGCCAAGACUGCAGUGGGGGCUGUAAGUGCUUUCCUGAGAAAGGGGCAAGAGGGCGACCUGGACCAAUUGGAAUUCAAGGUCCAACAGGUCCUCAAGGAUUUGCUGGCCCUAUUGGUUUAUCAGGGUUGAAAGGAGAAAGGGGCUCCCCGGGCUCUCUGGGACCAUAUGGAGAAAAAGGAGAUAAGGGUCCCAUGGGAGUUCCUGGCUUUCUUGGCAUCAAUGGGAUUCCGGGCCACCCUGGACAGCCAGGGCCCAGAGGCCCACCUGGUCUGGAUGGCUGUAAUGGAACUCAAGGAGCUGCUGGAUUUCCGGGCCCUGAUGGCUACCCUGGGCUUCUUGGACCACCUGGUAUCCCUGGUCAGAAAGGCUCUAAAGGCAAUCCUGUUCUUGCCCAAGGUACUCUUAAAGGAAUGAAGGGAGAUCCUGGGCUGCCUGGACUGGAUGGAAGCACUGGUCCAAAAGGAGCGCCUGGAUCUCCAGGAGCCGUAGGACCCAGAGGAUCCCCAGGCUUUCAAGGUCCUCCAGGUCCCCCAGGUUUCUCUGGUCCUGAUGGGAAUAUGGGAUUAGGUUUCCAAGGAGAGAAAGGAGUCAAGGGUGAUGUGGGCCUCCCCGGACCUGCAGGGCCACCACCAUCUACGGGAGAGCUAGAGUUUAUGGGUUUUCCAAAAGGAAAAAAAGGAUCCAAGGGUGAACCAGGGCCUCCGGGUUUCCCAGGCAUAGUUGGUCCUCCAGGCAUCCCGGUAAUAGGAACCACAGCCUCUACCGGAGAAAAAGGAGAAAAGGGAAUCCCUGGUUUGCCAGGACCUAGGGGUCCCAUGGGUUCAGAAGGAGUUCAAGGCCCUCCAGGGAGUCAGGGCAAGAAGGGGUCCUCAGGUUUCCCUGGGUUUAAUGGAUUCCCAGGAAUUAAGGGUAAUAAAGGUGGCAUUGGCCUGCCAGGCCCGGAUGUUUUCAUUGAUACAGAAGGUGCUGUAAUAUCAGGUUAUCCUGGAGACCCUGGUAUACCAGGCCUCCCAGGCCUUAAAGGAGAUGAAGGCAUCCAGGGCCCACCUGGCCCCUCUGGCACCCCUGGCCUCCCACCAAUCUUAUCAGCUGCCCCAGGCACCCUGGGCUCUCAGGGUGUUCCAGGCCUGAAGGGGGACCAAGGAGACCCAGGCCAUACCACAGUUGGGGCAACUGGCCUCCCAGGCAGAAUUGGUUUACCAGGCCUACCAGGCCCACAAGGCCCACUGGGACCACCUGGUCCAUCAUUUGAGAUUGAAACCCUAAAGAACGCAGAACCAGGGUUCCCUGGCCUCCAAGGAAAAAGAGGUCCAAAAGGAAACCCAGGCCUCAAAGGAGUAAAAGGGGACUCGGGUUUUUGUGCUUGUGAUGGUGGUGUCCCUAACACUGGAUCACCUGGGGAACCAGGCUUGCCUGGGCCACCAGGUCUCAUGGGUCUUCCAGGCCUCAAAGGAACCCGAGGGAUUACAGGCUCUGAGGGUGCAGAGGGCCCAGUCGGGGCUCCAGGUUUAUUUGGGCCUACCGGUCCUGCAGGCCCCAAAGGAGAGAAGGGAGAACCGACUCUCAGUACAAGAUCAGGGAUGCCAGGAGAGCGGGGUGAUGAUGGCCCCCAGGGGCUCCCUGGUGAGACAGGAGUCCCAGGCAAGGACGGAGUACCAGGUUUACCAGGUCUGCCAGGCCCUCCGGGUGAUGCUAGACAGGGCUUUGCUGGAGAAAAAGGGUUCCCAGGACUUCCUGGUAAAAAAGGCCAGCAUGGUCCACCUGGCACCCCAGGAAUUGGGCUGCCAGGAUCUCCUGGACCUCGGGGACUUCCUGGAGACCAAGGAAUAGAUGGAUUACCAGGAGAACAAGGUCUUCCUGGGCUUCCAGGUGACUGCUGCUGCAGGGAGAAGGUUGGUAAAGGAGUCGUAGACACAGAGGGAGGAAUCACAUUGCCGUGUAUUAUUACUGGGUCAUAUGGUCCACCAGGCCUCCCAGGAGCUCCUGGAGUCCCAGGCCCUAAAGGGAUCCGUGGCUACCCUGGGACUCCAGGCCAGCCUGGAGUACGGGGAGCUAAAGGAGAGUCCGGAAGUGCUGGAUUAGUUCAUCUCCCUGAAUUGCCAGGAUUUCCUGGACCUCGUGGGGAGAAGGGCUUGCCUGGGUUUCCUGGGCUCCCUGGAAAAGAUGGCUUGCCUGGGAAUGUUGGCAGUCCAGGUUUACCAGGUCCCAAGGGAGCCCCUGGUGACAUCUUUGGUGCUGAAAAUGGUGCUCCAGGAGAGCAUGGCCUCCAGGGAUUGCCAGGGGACAGAGGAUUUCCUGGAGACUCUGGCUUUCCAGGACCCAAGGGUUUUCUUGGGAAGUCCGGCUUGCUGGGCACCAAAGGUGAGCGGGGCAGCCCUGGAGCACCAGGACGAAUGGGGCAGCCAGGCCCCCCAGGGCCAGGUGGCCUGUUUGGCAUCAAGGGAAAACCUGGUCUCCCAGGAAUAGCAGGCUUUCCAGGCUUGACAGGACAUCUUGGAAACAAAGGCUCAAGAGGUGAAGCAGGUCUCCCGGGAUCAACUGGAAAGAGAGGUCUGCCUGGGUUCAAAGGCCUUCCUGGAUCUGCAGGGCUAAUAGGCUUCCCGGGGAGCCCAGGCUUGCCAGGGGCCACAGGGUUGCCAGGCCUCCCAGGCCCAAAGGGUGAGAAGGGGUCUGUUGGACUUACAGGUUUUCCAGGGAUACCAGGUCUCCCUGGUAUUCCUGGUACAAGUGGAUUAAAGGGAGUCCCUGGGUCAGCAGGAAGAAUUGGAACAUCUGGACCUGCUGGUAGCCCUGGUGAAAAAGGGGACAGAGGCAAUCCAGGGCCAGUCGGACAACCCGGCCCAAGACUCCCAAUGCUGAAUCUUUUGUUCAAAGGAGACAAGGGCUCCCCAGGCUCAGCUGGAUCAGACGGAUUUCCAGGGCCCAGAGGUGACAAAGGAGACGCUGGCCGCCCUGGACCACCAGGCCUCCCUGGAGCUCCCGGAUUCCCUAGCUCUAUCAAAGGACUUAUUGGAAGGCCAGGCCCCUCUGGCUCCUUGGGACUAUGGGGCUUGCCUGGCCUGAAGGGGGCCUCUGGGAUCAGAGGCUUCCCGGGAAUGCCUGGAGAAACUGGUAUACAGGGUCUUAAUGGGGCUCCCGGACUCCCAGGAGUAGCUGGUCUCAAAGGUUCUAAAGGAGAUCUAGGCCAGACACUUGAAAUUCCCGGUAGCCCAGGACCCAAGGGACAACCUGGGGAGCCUGGUUUUGAAGGUAUCAAAGGAAAAGAUGGUCCAGUCGGUGAUGUAGGUUUCCCGGGAAAUAAAGGUGAAGAUGGAAAAGAUGGAGUUUCUGGAGACACUGGCCAUCCUGGCUCCCCAGGACUCCCCGGGAUUGCAGGACUGAGAGGAGACCCAGGGCUUCCAGGUUCUCCUGGUCAUCCAGGGGCAACUGGGCCCCUGGGACACCCUGGCCUAGUAGGACCUAAAGGCUUCCCUGGACUUUCUGGUUUGCAUGGAUUAAAUGGACUUCCAGGCACUAAGGGUGCCCAUGGUACUCCAGGACCUAGUAUAACUGGUGUGCCUGGGCCUGCCGGCCUGCCUGGCCCCAAAGGAGAAAAAGGCUCUCCAGGAAUUGGCAUCGGAGCCCCAGGGAAAUCGGGUGUGAAAGGACAAAAAGGUGGCCAAGGUUUCCCAGGUCUCCAAGGCCCUGCUGGUCUCCCUGGUGCCCCAGGCAUCUCCUUGCCCUCAGUCAUAGUAGGACAGCCUGGCGACCCCGGGCGACCAGGCCUAGAUGGAGAACGAGGCCGCCCAGGCUUUCCCGGGCCCCGGGGUCCCCCUGGGCCAGCCUCGGAUCAAGGCGACUCCGGAAACCCUGGCGUCCCUGGAAUUCCUGGCCCUCAAGGGCCCAAGGGAGACCAAGGAAUCCCAGGUUUCUCUGGUCUCCCUGGAGAGCUAGGACUGAAAGGCAUGAGAGGUGAGCCUGGCGUCAUGGGGACUCCAGGCAAGGUUGGGCCACCUGGAGACCCAGGACUUCCCGGGAUGAAGGGGAAGGCAGGGCCAAGAGGCUUUUCUGGCCCCCAAGGUGUUCCUGGACAAACUCCAAUCGCAGAAGCCAUCCAGGCUCCUCCUGGACCUUUGGGUCUACCAGGCAUCGAUGGCAUCCCUGGCCUUGCGGGGGACCCAGGGGCUCAAGGCCCUGUAGGCCCACAAGGUUCCAAAGGUUUACCUGGCAUCUCUGGCAAAGAUGGCCCCAGCGGGCUCCCAGGCCCUCCUGGGGUUCUUGGCGAUCCUGGUGUCCCUGGACUGCAAGGCCCUCCAGGAUUUGAAGGAGCUCCAGGGAAGCAGGGCCCCUUGGGGAGGCCUGGAAUGCCUGGCCAGAGCGUGAACGUGGGCUACACCUUGGUGAAGCACAGCCAGUCGGAGCAGGUGCCCCUGUGCCCUGUCGGGAUGAGCCAGCUGUGGGUGGGUUACAGCUUGCUGUUUGUGGAGGGGCAGGAGAAAGCCCACAACCAGGACCUGGGGUUUGCUGGCUCCUGCCUGCCCCGCUUCAGCACCAUGCCCUUCAUCUACUGCAACAUCAAUGAAGUGUGCCACUAUGCCAGGCGAAAUGAUAAAUCCUACUGGCUCUCCACCACUGCCCCUAUCCCUAUGAUGCCUGUCGGCCAGACUCAGAUUCCCCAGUACAUCAGCCGCUGCUCUGUGUGUGAGGCGCCCUCACAAGCCAUCGCUGUGCACAGCCAGGAUGUCACCAUCCCACAGUGCCCCCUAGGCUGGCGCAGCCUCUGGAUCGGAUAUUCCUUCCUCAUGCACACUGCCGCUGGGGCCGAGGGUGGAGGCCAGGCCCUGGUCUCACCUGGCUCCUGCCUAGAGGACUUUCGGGCCACUCCUUUCAUCGAGUGCAGUGGUGCCCGGGGCACUUGUCACUACUUUGCCAACAAGUACAGCUUCUGGCUGACGACAGUGGAGGAGAGACAGCAGUUUGGGGAGGAACCUGUGUCUGAAACGCUGAAAGCCGGACAGCUCCAUACUCGGGUCAGCCGCUGCCAGGUGUGUUUGAAAAGUCUGUAAGGCGGCACCUGUCACUCUGCCCCUUGCCCUCCCCUCCUCCUCACAGCGGUCACCGCACAGACCUGAAUGGUCUGAA